UUUUGAUGCAAAUUUCCCUCAGAAUGAUACAAAUCAGAGUCUGUGUUCGGACAACUCCACAAACAAACCAGAACAAAAAUUCGGAUAAAACGAAAACAUAAUCGUGCACUAUUUAACGGUCUAAAACCACCGUCUUCGGCAAAUCGAACGGUCCGUAUUGCCGUUCUCCAUCCCCUUUUUCUCUCCCACACAUCUCAGCGAACUGAAAAAAUCUCCUCCUUUCUGUAAAUGUAUUUAUAUCCAUGUGUUGUGUGAAAUUUAGUUGAUUUUUUUUUUAAUUAGAUCUUUUUUCCUCCAAGUAUGGCUGCCGCGAUGGAUACAACGAUAAUCUAUAGACGAAUUUCCGCGUUUAGACACAACAAUCCGAGCUAUUUGAACAAUUUCUCCUUCGUCUGCAGUCGAUAUAGAGCUUUCCAUGGAAGGCCCAGUCGUCAACUCCACGAUACGGUCUCUUUUCGGUUGCAGCCUAGGGUUUCCAAGCUUCGUGGAUACUUUUUGAAGAAUCAUCUGAACUGGAAAUUCGCCAAAAUUUAUGCGAACAGUCCUCGCGAGCACGACACUGAUACGACUGAUAAAACGGAAACGAACGGGCCCGAAAACCCGAAAAAGCAGGGAGCCGCUUCGAGUUCGGGCCGCAGGGAAAAGCAGGGAAAGAACAACUGGUGGGGCAAUAAUAGUAACAAAUGGAGGUGGCAACCGAUAAUUCAAGCGCAAGAGAUGGGUGUUUUGCUUAUACAAUUAGGAAUUGUUAUGUUUGUAAUGAGAUUGCUCCGGCCCGGGAUUCCGCUACCAGGCUCCGAGCCAAGGACUCCUACAACGUUUGUCAGUGUUCCUUAUAGCGAGUUUUUGAGUAGGAUUAAUAGUAAUCAAGUGCAGAAGGUGGAGGUUGAUGGGGUACACAUUAUGUUUAAGCUAAAGAGAGAAGCUGGCGUUGUGGAGAGUAUUGUUAGUGAGGUGAAUAAGUUGCAGGAUUCGGAUUCUUUGUUGAGGAGUGUGACUGCUACGAAAAGGGUAGUCUACACAACAACGAGGCCUGGUGACAUCAAGACGCCUUAUGAGAAGAUGCUAGAGAAUGAUGUCGAAUUUGGGUCUCCAGAUAAGAGGUCUGGGGGAUUCCUGAAUUCUGCAUUGAUAGCUGUGUUCUACGUUGCAGUGCUAGCUGGUCUUCUUCAUCGUUUCCCUGUAAGCUUUUCUCAGCACACACCAGGGCAGCUUAGAAAUCGCAAGUCUGGUAAUUCUGGGGGGACCAAAGUUUCUGAACAAGGGGAAACUAUUACAUUUGCUGAUGUUGCUGGUGUUGAUGAGGCAAAGGAGGAGCUAGAAGAGAUCGUGGAAUUUCUUAGGAAUCCGGACAGGUAUAUAAGACUUGGUGCACGCCCUCCUAGAGGUGUUCUCUUGGUUGGUUUACCAGGAACAGGUAAGACACUUCUAGCAAAAGCUGUUGCUGGAGAAGCUGAUGUUCCUUUCAUCAGUUGUUCAGCAAGUGAAUUUGUAGAACUGUAUGUCGGUAUGGGAGCAUCUCGUGUCAGAGACCUCUUUGCACGGGCCAAGAAGGAGGCUCCCUCCAUAAUAUUCAUAGACGAGAUAGAUGCUGUAGCCAAGAGUCGUGAUGGUAGAUUCCGGAUUGUUAGUAAUGAUGAGCGGGAACAAACCUUAAAUCAGCUGCUAACUGAAAUGGAUGGAUUUGAUAGUAACUCAGCAGUGAUUGUCCUUGGAGCAACUAACAGAGCAGAUGUUUUAGAUCCUGCCCUCCGCCGACCGGGUAGAUUUGAUCGAGUGGUUAUGGUAGAAGCACCUGAUCGGGCUGGAAGAGAAGCCAUUUUAGAAGUACAUGCUUCCAAGAAAGAACUUCCUCUUGGCAAGGAUGUUGACCUGGGUGAUAUUGCAUCCAUGACCACAGGUUUUACUGGGGCAGAUCUGGCAAAUUUGGUAAAUGAAGCUGCAUUAUUGGCUGGAAGGAAAAAUAAAUUUGAGGUGGAGAAAAUUGAUUUCAUUCAAGCAGUAGAGCGGUCAAUAGCGGGGAUUGAGAAGAAGACAGCCAAGUUGCAGGGCAGUGAGAAGGCUGUUGUUGCACGGCACGAAGCUGGUCAUGCAGUUGUGGGAACUGCAGUUGCAAAUCUCCUUUCUGGACAACCUCGGGUUGAGAAGCUAAGCAUAUUGCCGAGAUCUGGAGGAGCACUAGGAUUUACGUACACGCCGCCAGCAAAUGAAGAUAGGUAUUUGCUCUUCGUUGAUGAGUUGCGUGGGCGCCUUGUUACUCUUCUUGGCGGACGUGCAGCAGAAGAGGUUAUUUACUCUGGACGUGUAUCGACAGGUGCUCUUGACGAUAUACGACGAGCAACAGAUAUGGCAUACAAAGCAGUGGCCGAAUAUGGUCUGAACGAGACCGUAGGCCCUCUUUCAUUGGCAACUCUUUCUGGUGGUGGAAUGGAUGAGUCCGGAGGAUCUUCACUGUGGGGGCGGGAGCAAGGACACCUGGUGGAUCUUGUUCAGAGAGAGGUGAAGUCGUUGCUGCAAUCCGCACUUGAUGUAGCACUCUCAGUUGUUCGUGCAAAUCCUACUGUCUUGGAGGGUCUUGGAGCUCACCUGGAAGAAAAAGAGAAAGUAGAAGGUGAAGAGCUGCAAGAAUGGUUGAAAUUGGUAGUUGCUCCAGCUGAGCUUACAUUCUUCAUCAGAGGAAAACAAGGGUCUCUCCUCCCGCUGCAAACAGGACCUUGAGAACAUUAUUUCUGUCCAGAGCUCCAUUAUCUACAAUGAGAUGUUCGCUCGAAUUAUCUACCCUCUCGCAAGCAUAGCCAUGGUCCUUGCAAAUUCUAUCUUGCCAAAGUGUUUGACUGGACACACAUGAUGGUAACAAACUGGGUGGUGAACGUCUUACUUUUCUGGCCUUGUAUAUGGAUCCAAUGACACCAAUAUAGUCCAUUUGUACAGUCUACUUACUGGAAAUGCAUGUUUGAAGAUACGAAAUGAUAUUUCUAAAAAUCAUAAUGUCGAAAAGAAAAAAAGGUUGAUGUUAUUCAAGAAAUUGUCUCAUUGUCACAGCUCUGGGUCUAUCGUGUUGCUGUGAAUGUGGUAGUUGUUGUGUAAUUGACUAAGUUCUAGUCAUAUACUGUUGUACAUUUGACAUUUUUUUUCCCCAAUCGUAUAGAGAUUCAUGUAUAAAUUCAUUGAACAUGUCAACUGACCUGUGCAUGAUUUCUUGUGCAAA